GGCCGAUCGGCCGGCAAAAUCGCCGACUUGUGACGUCACAUGUCGGAAACGAGAGCUUCAACUCCAAACGAGCAUCGUCUUUACCCACAUUUAGCCGUGAGAACCCGUGCCCGUGAAUCCUUCUGGAAAGGAUUGGAACUUUUCUUGCAUUCCAAUUAUCUGUACCCAGCUUUUAGGCUCUGAUUGCCAUCAUAACCAGUAAAACCCCGAGGAGCUUCACAUCAUGGCACGAGGUGGCAAACGCGGUCACAAGGGUGGUCGGAAGCAGUUCACCAACCCGCAACAACUUGAGAUGGAGAAGGAGAAAGAGGAGCGGGAAAAGCAAUGGCGACGACAACGCGGCGAAGAGAGUUCUUCGGAUGACGAGGCCAAAUCCGGGGAGGACAGUUCCUCCGAGGAGGAAUCGGGAUCUGAUGUUGAGUUUGACAAAGGAGCCAAGGCCAAGGGUAGUAAGAAGGCCACCACUCGGGCCGCCGAAUCCUCGUCGGAAGAGGAGUCGAGUAGCGAGGACGAAGGCGAGCGCAAAGCCAAAGGCGCAGAGGGUUUAAUUGAGAUCGCUAAUCCUAAUCGAGUGGUCAAGAAAACGAAGAAGGUCUCGCAACUUGAUCAAGAGACGGAUAAACCGCAGUUGUCGAGGCGGGAACGCGAAGAGAUUGAAAAACAGAAAGCCAAGGCCAACUAUCAGAAGCUCCAUGCGGCGGGCAAGACGGACGAGGCUCGGGCGGAUCUGGCCCGAUUGGCCAUCAUCCGAAAGCAACGCGAAGAUGCGGCUAAGAAGCGGGACGAAGAAAAGAAAGCUCGAGAAGAUGCCGAAAAAGCCAAACGCGAGGCCAAGUCUUCCAAGAAAAAGUGAUAGAACCAGGCAGGAUCCAUGGUACCAAAUGACGAAAUAUCCAUGGCCAAGUGAUUCCGCUUCUCAUCAUCAACACCCACCCACUCUGAAUAUCUCCCUUGAGUCCGGUCAUCAAGGAUCGAGGAGCCCUCGUUUCAAUGAUAGGAUGGAUAACAUUUCUACCGACGUUUUAUAGCUGAUAAUAUUUGUUAUUUCUCCCAGACAACGAUGAGCCGUUGAAGAAGAAAAAUGAAGUGAAGCAUCAUCAACAAUAAACAAAGUUUCUUUUCAUAGUAUAACAA